GGUAUCGGAAAAAGUAAUCGGCGGAUUAGAUGAUCAAAAAGUGUCAAAUGAUCACUGAUCGUCCAACAAACGGUUUUCUGACGUUGCAGUGAAAAGACCGUCGUGCUUUUCAUUCAUUUUACGAUUCUUACGUCUUGCAUUAAAUAUAUAUAUAUAUUCAACUACCUGCCUAAAGUCGUGUAUCGAUUUAUCAUUUGAAAAUUUAAACAUGGAUGAAAUGAAACAACUAGCAAUGAAAUUAAUGCAGUGUAAAUCAUUCAAAGAACGACAGGAACGUCUGAGUGAAUCACUCGAUUAUCUGUCAUUCAACUAUCCUGAUCUCUAUACUGUGUGGUUUAGAGAGAUGAAAAGAAGAGAACUGGAUUCUAAUGAUCCAAAUAAAAUUACUAAAUGGUUAGAUAAUCCAUCAUCUAAAUCAUUUGUAAAACUUCAUGAAGCAUUGUUAUUGGUUAAAAAUAACAACAUUAUGGCCAAAGAGGAGUAUGUGAACAAUUUAAGACGAAUGCUAAAUCAAACAAUUGAAAAUGGUACCAACAUUGAGGUAGCAGCAAAAAUAUGCCAUUUAAUUGAGAAAUCAACAAGCUUAGCCAUCAUUUAUGAGAAUUUGAAACAUCUAAUUCACCAAGUAAAUCAACUGAAAAAAAGUGAACGUCACAUGCAAAGAGAAACCUCGACAGAAAACUUUUGGACAAACCAAUUUAAAUUGCCACAAAUAGACCCAUUCCAAGGUUUCAAUAUUCAGCCUGCUCAACAACACAUGAAUUCCCCUGUUUGGCCAAACUUACUGCAACCGACAAAUUUAAAAUCUGUCUCUGGUCUACCACACUUUAGCAUGGAAUGUUAUGGCUAUAACCAUCUGGAAAUGAUUGCAAAGACAAACAGGUCCAAUAUUUUGGGGGACUCGCGGUCACUAAUCAACCUGACAAUCCUUGAUCAAGAAAUGGAUGGAGCUGUAGCUAAGUGGCUUCAUUACUUAAAACUUCAUAAAUACCAAUGGUUCUUCAAUAGCCUCAGUUAUCUUGAAAUUGAAUUCAUCGACGAGGACAAUAUUGAUGAUUUCAUUGCUAAAGUUAACAAAAAUUCCAUUACAAAAGGUGCACAAAAAAAGAUCUGCAUAUCAACAAAGAAGUUGAGGGAUCGGCCACAAAAGUUGAACGACUUAUUAUUGGCUUUAGAUUUGGAAGUUACACCGAGCGAACUGUGUGAAUACAUGUCAUACAUGCGAGACAUAUUGCAUUUUCCUAUACCGAAUAAGAAUUGUGUUGUUGGCGACCAAUUACAACAAGACAUAGUUCUUGUCAUGGAGAAAUUGUUAAAUCAGCUGCUAGAAAAACUUGGUAUGGUACGUUCUUUAGUUGCACAGAGUCUACUUGGAAUGUCUAUCAAUAAAUACUUGGAGUGCAUCUUAUUAAUAAUCGGUAAUCAAACUUUUAUGAAACAGCAAAUAGACAAAUCAUUGUUAUUUUCUGAAACCUUAAAAUAUAAAGUCCAUAGGAUGCCCAGAAACUUUAAUUAAUGUUUUCAUUGUAAUUCUGCAAUUGGAACCACAUAUGGCAUAUGUAAUUUUUUUAAUUUUAUUAUUGUUAUUUGUGAUUGAUAA